AUUUGGGUAAUGGCUGAUGUGGAUGGCGAUGGACGGUACGAUGUGCAAGAAUUUGCAAUUGCGGCACAUUUGGCGUACAGGUACACUUGUGGAGCAUCGGUUCCCGUGCGUUUACCUCUGCACUUGGUUCCUGUUACAAAACGGUUCAUUGAUCCUUUUGAAAGAUCUGAAAUAACUUUGGAAGAAAGCAAGUCUCGCAACUUGGCCGUGUCCCAGAAACGAGUCGACAGCAGUCACCCGCAGGAAUUGCAUUUGCUCUCUUCCGGCCCUCUGACCGCCGCCAGCAGCAAGUGCCGGAAGUUCAGGCUCCACUCUGCCUCGGGCGAAGGCGGCGUUGGCGUCCUCAUUGCGUUUCCCUCAUCAUCUGCCGACGCUGGUGUCGCGUGUCAGGCCCGGGACCGGAAGAAGCAGCAGCAGCAGCAGCUGGUGAUGAGGCCCAGCAGCUCCAACAAGCUCCUGGUGGAGUUCUCCAGUGCUGGCGGGAUCAACAUCCGGUACCAGAACCGGAAGCGGGUUAAGCGAGUCACCGUGUCCGCGUCUCGACCCGGGGUUUCUCCAACUGCUUCCGGCACCUUGGAGGAUACUCAGACGAAACUGAUCACGGUGUCCAGGGCCACGUUGCAAGAUUCCGAAGUGCAACAGCAGAGAGAAUGAGAAACUCAAUUUUGCUAUUUCUUUUCGUUUUCGUUCGGAAGCGGCGCAUAUCCUCUUUUUUCUGACCAUACUAUGAGGAAAUGUUGGAAAUAAAAUGUCUUUUUUUUUCAAAUGGAAGGAAA